AUGGAUGUGAAGCGUGUGAAGGACUAUAUCUAUUGGCUGUACUUCCAGUACCUGCUGAUCACCUGCAGCUAUGUGCUGGAGCCCUGGGAGAGGUCCAUGUUCCACACCAUCACCCUGACUGUCUUCGCCAUGGUGCUGUACACAGCUUACGUCUUCGUCCCCAUCCACGUCCGCCUGGCCUUUCAGUUCUUCUCCCAGAUCUUUGGAGGCCAGCCAGAGAGCACAGUGUCCAUUGUGAACUGA